AUGUGGGUAGUGAUUCUGAAAUUUCAAGCAGUGUUCGGUCAAAAUUCGGUCAUUCUCUCCGUCGUGGAGCUUUGUUUGUUGAAGCCUGGAGGGCGUCUAUUGGAUGUAUUUGCUGCUGGUACCGACACUGCGUACACAGUCUUAGAGUGGACAAUGACAGAGCUUCUAAGGCACCCUAAGGCUAUGAAGAAGGUGCAGGAUGAGGUGAGAGGGAUCAGUGGCAAAAAAAAGGACAUAACAGAGGAUGAUUUGGAUAAUAUGCAUUACUUGAAGGCAGUGAUCAAAGAGGCACUUCGCUUCCAUCCUCCUAUUCCAUUGUUAAUUCCCCGAGAAUCGACUCAAAACAUCAAAAUACAGGGCUAUGACAUUGCAGCUAGAACACAAGUUAUCAUCAAUGCAUGGGCAAUUGGAAGAGACCCUGCAUCUUGGGAUGAACCAGAGGAGUUUAUGCCAGAAAGGUUCUUGAUAUCUUCUAUAGAUUUUAGAGGACAUGACUUCCAAUUGAUUCCAUUUGGUGCUGGAAGGAGGGGUUGCCCCGGAAUUUCCUUUGCAAUGACCACUGCCGAGCUUGUUUUGGCAAAUCUGCUGCACAACUUUGAUUGGACAUUGCCUGGUACUGGAGCAAGAGGAGAGGAUUUGGACAUGACUGAAUCUACUGGUCUAACCAUUCAUAAAAAAUUCCCCCUUAUAGUAGUUGCAACUCCUUAUUAUUAG